AUGAAGAGAUCCCUGUUGCGCGCUGCAGCAGAACCUCUGAAGCUCUACCAGUAUGCGAUCUGCCCCUUCUGCAACAAGACGAAGGCAGCCCUGGACUUCCUGAAAGUCCCCUACAGAUCGGUGGAGGUGGAUCCACUGACGCGAUCGCAGAUCAAAUUUUCGAAGGACUACAAGAAAGUGCCUAUCGCAGUGAUGUCUGGCGGAACGGUGGUGGGCGGCUCAACCGAGAUCGUGGAUGCCGUUCUCGAAUCUGAGGUGUCGGCGCCUCAAGCUGGAGUGGAUGCAAAGCACUUCCUAAGCGAUGAGGCGCGACACUGGAACAAGUGGUGUGAUGAGAAGUUCGCUGUGUGCGUCUAUCCCAACAUCACCCGGAGCGUCUCCGAGUGUUGGCAGGCCCUGGGAUACUUGCAGAAGUGUCCAGAGUUCUCGCUGCCGCGAGCCGUGGCGACCCGAGCGCUGGGUGCCGUAGGCAUGGCAGCCGCCCACGGGAAAAUCAAAAAGAAGUACCAGAUGGAGGAUGAGCGCGAGGCGCUCUUCACGGCCGUAGAUGCGUGGACUGCUGAAGUGGGUGGCAAGGAGUUCCGAGGCGGCGAGAAGCCGGAUCUUUCGGACUUGGCGGUCUUCGGGUGCAUCCGCGGCAUCUCAGAUCUGCCGCUGUAUUCAGAGAUGACAGAGCACAAGGCGUUUGGGCCCUGGUUCGGCCGAGUCGCCAAUGCGUUAAAAGCAAAGAUUGCGGAGUGA